AUGAAUUUAUCUAAAGUUUCCCUUAUUAUAGAAAUUUUUGAAACCUGGAACAUUAGCUUUAUUCCUGUUGACUCUUUUAGUGGCAGUUAUAACCACUCUCUCUGGCAACUUUUUUGGGUUGGAAAACAAAAUAAGCUUUCUGAGAUAUUAAAAGCGCUCAGCUUUCAAUAUGAUGGCGUGGAUGCGGCUAAACAGCGAGUGAACCUUACAAGGGGCGAAUGGGAGGAAAACUUUCGAAGGGAUAGACACUGCAGAAAUGUCCAGCGUUUUAUACGAGCUUACCCAAACUACAGUCAAGGCCUUUUGACUUGCUAUGUCUUGCCGGAGCAGUACAACCAAUUUCGCAAGGAACAGUUUGAUUCGAAAAAAAGAUGGAUUGGAAGGCCAUGUGUGAAAUCCGCCGUUUUACAAACUCGCCUUUUCCAAAACUUCUCUGAAGUAAAAAAUUUUUUUUCAGGGUAUCGCGAGAAAAGUGUUGUUCAAGAAGACAUAAGCGCCCCUUUUCUAUUCAAUAAAAGAAAAAUUCUUCUACGUAUCUUCGUUCUGAUCACCUCAGUGAACCCGUUAAGAAUAUAUGUUCACACAUCUGGCCAGAUUAAAAUUGCUCGUUACACUGGCACGAGGAAGCGUAGAUUCCGCGGAGAGGAAUUUACAAUGUGGAAGACUUUUGACGAUCUCCCCGGUGUUGUUGGCUGUCAUCAAUGGGCCAGUAUAUGGAAAAACACCGAGAAUCUCGUUGUCCGCGGUGUGCUGACCUUUACUGAUAAACUCGGUUGUACUUCGAAAGAGCUUCCUAUUGUUUGUGGUAUCGCCAAUCAACUUUUGGUUUUUAACGUCGCCUAUGAUUCAAAGCUGAACCCUCACCUUUUUGAUAUAGACUUUGAUUUGGACUUGGAUCGCAAAGAACUUCAAGACAGCUUUGAUGAACGUUUAUUACACGAAAUUUACGGUGACUACUUGUUUUUAACCGGCGUUCUCGGAUAUAAUGAAGCGUACCAGAAAGCUAUCGAACGGCGGUAUAACUUUUUGUGUGCUUCAGCGGAAAUGACCUCGUUAUGCUUAGUCCCGGCCGUAAAACGUUUAGUAUUGAGACUGGCCAAUGAACUAGCGCAUUCGGGUGCAUUUAGACUUGUUUAUCCUUCUUUAGACCGGAGAAUACUUUUAGAAAAAUCUUAUAAGUUGAGCUUUGUAGAAGGCCAUGCUUCAACCGCUUAUGACAUUUUCACUGAUUACUUCUCCUUUGAAAUGCAAAAUGAAGUUCUUUACUUUAAAAGUAAAAAGGAUACAAAAAAGGAUACAAAAAGCCAUGAAUAG